AGGUUCCGGCCGAUCACUGUUAGUCACGGAAUACAUCAUGUCCGCAGAGAAAGCGACAGUUUUAGUAACAGGGUUUGGUCCAUUUGGUGUACACCAAGUUAAUACCAGUUGGGAGGCUGUCAAGGAAUUACCAAACACUGAUCUUGUAGAAGAAGUCAAUUUGGUGAUAAAAGAGAUUCCUGUGGAGUACAGUGCAGUGGAUGAACAGGUUCCUCAGUUAUGGAAUGAAGUAAAACCCAAGCUCUGUGUACAUGUGGGUGUUCAUAGUCUUGCUGAUAGCAUUCAGCUGGAGAUGUGUGGUCGUAACUAUGGUUACAACAGACCUGAUGAGGCAGGUAAAAAGUGUGAAAAAGGCUGCUGUGUUGAUGGAGGAGAGGAGUGCCUGUUUACUUCUCUUGAUUUGGAUAGACUGUGCUCUGAGGUGAUGACAGCUAAAAGCCCCUGUCUUGUUGGAACUUCUGAUGAUGCAGGAAGGUUCUUGUGUGAUUAUUCUUACUACAAAUCUCUUCAUCUUGGACAAGGCCGAGGCACUGUGGCAUUUGUUCAUGUCCCACGGGUAGACUCACCCUAUAGCCUUGAGGAUUUAGUGAUCUCGCUAAGACUUAUUAUCUUAGCUAUGCUAAAGCAAAUCAGCUAGUGGAACUGUUGAGGUGGGAAGAGCCUCUCAAAGUAGCUGUUAGGACAUCUUGAAUACUAUUGAAUUUUCUCCUUUCUGUAAUUAUAAAACACUAUUAUAAAAAAAAAAUACCUAAUUAAGAACAGUUAUACAAAGCUGAUAUGGUGUUAUUUUUAUCACUAUUUAAAUGGAAGACUCCCAAGUGGUCACUUCUUUGCUGCUACAAUUUUGCUAUUUUACAUAACAAGCUAAAGGAGUGAACCCCACAGUUGUCCAUCAUAACAGUAGUUGGCCAUAACAGUUAUCAUACGUUAGUGUUCUAAUUAGGUGAUCACAAGCACACAGGAUGUUGUUGUCAUAUCUCCUGCAAGACCUCUCAUACUUGUACUCAGGGGCUCUUACAAGAAAAGAGUUUUUAAAGGAUUCCCAAUAAAAAAAAGAUUGGAUUGGGUUUUGGUCUGAUACUGAUAACUUUCAAGCCUUAUGAUACUCGUCAUUCUGCUCAAAGUCAUCAAAUAAUCGUUAAAUAUCUAAGGGCCACCUUAUCGUUGUCCAGUUUACUUCACAGGUGUAUAAGGAAUGUCACUUACAAAUAAAGUCAUGUUUGGAAAAUA